AUGUUGGCGUAUGUUCUAGAUGAUUCAAAUAACGAACUGGAAGAGGUUCAAUGCCAUAUUUCGAAAGUAAUCUUACAUUCCCUGUUGAAAUGUCUUGAUCGUUAUGCGACAUCAUUCGAUUAUCUCGUGAUUUGCGUUUCUGUUGAGAACAUUGUUGUGAAUCGCGAUAACUCCUUUACUAUUUUUGGCAACUCAUUGUUAGUGCACAAAAAGCGGGAUAUUAGGCCCAAUGAAGUAGAACCCGUUUAUGUUACUAAUGCUAUUAGUAUUCCAGAUUUAGUGAAAACUAUAUUAAUAGGAGAGGUAGCGGAAGGUGCUGAAUGUCUUAUCAGAGGUGAUGAAAGCGACGAACCAAUCCGUAGUCAUAUUUUCCGUACAUGCGAGAAUUCAUAA